UAUGAUCAAUAAUAGAAAGAAACAAGUGGAGGAUAGAACCUUCAAACAACAACCACAGGAUGAACAAUCACCGCAAAGGGAACCAAUCAUGUUUGAUAUUGUUCUUCUUCUUGUUCCUCACUCAUUGUAACUGCCAACACUUUCUGCUCAAGACUCAACACUCACUCCUCUAUGGCCAUGGCCACCCUCUCCUUCCCCAUUUUCCCCACAACCACCGCCUUCAGGUUCAAAGCAUCCGCCGUAGUCGCCACCCCCUCCACCAAGGUCGUUCCCGCCGUCAUUGUCGGCGGCGGAAGAGUGGGGCAGGCCCUGCAGGACAUGGGCAGCGGCCAAGACCUCCUCGUUCGCCGCGGAGAGGCCGUACCACUGAACUUUGAAGGCCCCAUUUUGGUGUGCACGAGAAACGAUGAUCUUGAAACCGUACUUCAAUCCACUCCUUCUUCCAGAUGGGAUGAUUUGGUGUUUUUCCAGAACGGAAUGAUGGAGCCGUGGCUUCAGACCAAAGGCUUGAAUGAUGCAAACCAGGUGUUGGCUUAUUUUGCAGUGUCGAAAAUUGGAGAGGCCCCUGUUGAUGGCACCACUGAUACCAAUCCUGAAGGCCUCACUGCUGCAUAUGGCAAGUGGGCUUCUGUUAUUGCUGCAAGGUUAAAUGCUGGAGGCCUCUCUUGCAAGGUUCUUGACAAGAAUGAUUUUCAAAAGCAGAUGCUAGAGAAGCUUAUAUGGAUUUGCUCUGUAAUGCUUGUUGGAGCACGUCAUGGAGGGGUUUCUGUAGGUGUUGUGGAAAAGGAAUUCCGCACCGAAUUGUCCAGCCUUAUAGCAGAACUGGCAUCAGCAGCAGCAAGUGAAAAAGGGUUAACAUUUGAAGAAGCAAUGGAAGAACGGUUAUGUGCAUAUUCAAGAGCUGUGGCCCACUUUCCCACAGCAGUUAAGGAGUUCAAAUGGAGGAAUGGUUGGUUUUAUUCUCUCUCUGAGAAGGCCACUGCCCAAGGCAACCCAGACCCAUGCCCUUUGCAUUCCCAAUGGCUAAAAGAGUUGAGAAUUGUUUGAAUUUAGCUUCAACUCUAGUGUCUUGUGUGUGCUUUGUGGUGUCAAGAAAUAUUUGAUACCUUUGCUUAUUGAUGUUCGUUUUAUAAAUAAUCAUUGAGCAUCUACUGAUAAUUACUACCAUAAUUACUUAUUAUAUACAAUUUGUCUCACUUGUUCUUACAUGAACAUAUCAAUGUAAUUAAGAAAAUAAAAUAUCUUCUUAUUCA